GGGGCGAUCCUCAUCAUAGUUGCCAACAUCAAUGCUUUCAUCGAGUUCUACCAACAAAGCAAGUCUCAGGCUCUACUCGAUUCGUUCCUCAACAUGAUCCCGGCCAAGUGCAUGUGUCUGCGCGACGGAAAGCUCUCCCAGCUCGAUGCAUCUGCACUGGUCCCGGGCGAUGUGGUUUUCGUUCGGAUGGGCGACAAGACGCCAGCCGAUAUUCUGGUCUUCUCGGCCUCGGAUUGCAAAGUCGACAACUCAUCCCUUACAGGUGAGUCCGAGCCGCAGGAUCGGACAACGGACAAUGACAUGAAAAAUCCGUUGGAAGCACACAACUUGAUGUUCAACAGCACUCUUUGCGUCUCGGGCGAAGCAUUCGGCAUCGUCAUUCGGACUGGAGACAACACUGUGCUGGGGCAAAUUGCUAGCCUCACGGCCGGCGAAGCAAAGGUCACCUCCCCUCUGACCGUUGAGAUUGGAAAUUUCGUCAAGAUCAUCGCCACAAUUGCCAUCUUUACCGCUCUGACCUUCUUCGGAGUCUCCUUCCCGGUGAACAACAACAAUGUCUCUCUGGCUUUGAACUUUGCCAUUGGGGUAUUCGUUGCGUGGGUACCCGAGGGUCUGCCAGCCACCGUCACCAUCCUUUUGACCAUUGCUGCCAAGCGCAUGGCCAGUCAGAAUGUUCUCGUCAAGGAUCUCCAAGGAGUCGAAACGCUCGGAGCCAUUACCUUGUUGGCCACCGACAAGACUGGCACGCUUACCCGAAACCAAAUGACGGUCGCCAAUAUUUGGACUUGCGGCGCAAUGUACGAAGCGGCACGGGGUGCUCUGGUCGACCGUCGAAUUGCCACCCCUGAUUCGCCUGGAAUUCUGGAGAUUCUUCACAUAUCAUCCCUGUGCACCCGAGCAAAGUUUGACAGAACAGAUGUGCCGAUCUAUCAGAGGGAAAUUCUAGGUGACGCCACAGAGUCCGGACUGAUACGAUAUGCCAGUGACCAACUUCUGGGGUUUGACAACUUGGCCGAGAAGUACCCAAAAGUCUUCGAAAUCCCCUUCAGUUCAGAGACAAAGUGGCACAUGAGCAUCCACAAGAAGGCUCACAGCAAUGGUGCAUUGACUCUGUACAUCAAGGGAGCGCCUGAGCGGGUUUGGCGUCUUUGCAAUCGCCUUCUUGUCCAAGGGGAUGGCAGCAAUGCUCUUCUGACUGACGACCACAAAGGGGCCUACAAUGAUAUCUACGAAGACAUGGCUUCUCGUGGCCACCGCGUCUUGGGAUUUGCAAUGCUCGAGCUUCCUGGCGACCAAUAUCCCGAGGACUUUACCUUUGACAAGAAAGCCAAGAGCUACCCUCUUGGGGACUUUGUGUUUGUCGGUUUGGCGUCUCUCCAAGAUCCCCCCAAGCACGGAGUCCGCGAAGCGAUUGGCAGUUGCCGGGCUGCCGGCGUCAAGGUCAUCAUGGUUACCGGAGACCAUCCCCUCACUGCGGAAGCAAUUGCGCGGAAGAUCAACCUCAUGCUCGGCGAGACCCGGGAGAGGGUUGCUAAGCGAACCGAGCGACUGAUCGAACAAGUCCAAGAACACGAGUACAAUGCUAUUGUUAUCCACGGCGAGCAGAUCGACGGACUCUCAGACCAACAGUGGAACGACAUCUUCUGGAAGGACGAAAUCAUUUUCGCACGCACCAGCCCCAAGCACAAACUGGAGAUUGUUCGCCGGGCUCAAGAGAUGGGCCACAUCGUUGGUGUCACUGGCGACGGUGUGAAUGAUUCACCCGCUCUGAAGAAGGCUGACCUGGGCAUUGCGAUGAACAAGUCCGGUUCCGAUGUUUCAAAGGAUGCAGCUUCCAUGAUUCUUCUUGAUGACAACUUUGCCAGCACUGUACGUGGUAUUCGGGAGGGCCGACUGAUCUUUAUCAAUUUGAAGAAGUCGAUCAAGUACACCAUCAGCCAUUCCAUGCCGGAGGUCAUUCCCAACUUGCUCUACGUCAUUGUUCCGAUUCCGCUUCCCCUUACCGCGAUUCUGAUCCUUGUCAUUGACCUGGGGUUUGAGCUUAUUGCGGCGCUAUCAUUCGCCUGGGAUCCCCCCGAGACCAGCGAGGGUUUGAUGAAGCUACCACCUCGGAAACCUGUCACCCCAGAGUCCGCCGAGAGAUUUCGCCGCCGCCAGAUUCGUCGCACCGGGGGUCGAUGGGACCAGGAGGCCAAUGUGGUCAUAUUGCCUCCCGAAAACCGCAGCAAGUUCAAGACUCUACUUCACAAUACCGGUCACAUGUUCACCAAACAGUACUGGGCCGACAAGUUUGAGGGUGGCGACGCCGAAGUCUUGGUCGACGGGCCUCUCUUGUCCUGGGCUUAUCUCGAGAUCGGAAUCAUCGAGGCCGUUGGCGCCAUGUUUUCGUUCUUCUUCGUUCUUCACAUGCGCGGUAUCUCUAUGCGUGAUGCAUAUCUCAUGCAAAAGGGCGCUGGAGCUCCGACAAACUACUGGACCAAGGAUGCGGCGCCGUACAAGGGAAUCGAUGGCCAGACCCAGUACGACAUCCUGGCCGAAGCACAGUCGAUGUACUACUGGGCUAUCAUGACGAUGCAGAUGUUCAACCUUUUUGCAUGCAAGACUCGUUAUACUCUGCCCUUUGGUCGAUACAUGUUCGCCAACCGGGUCACCUUUUACUGCAUUCUUGCCGGCGCCGCGCUCGCUGCCUUUAUCAUCUACACGCCCGGUGUUGAAAUUGUCUUUGGCACCACCCGCAACUUGCUGCCCCUGUACUGGCUCAUCCCUAUGGCAUUUGGCUGUUUGUUGAUCGCCUACGCUGCUGUGCGUAUGCUGAUUACGCGCCACACCAAUCCCACCAAGUGGAAUCCGGAGAUUGCUGGAUUGCAGAUGCACCCAACCAUGUGGUCACAGAGAUCUGGUAGCAGACGUGGGAGCAGGGGUGGCGAGUGA